CAGUCGUUAUGAUUCUUUGGGCCUUUUCAUGAUUGUAGAAAGACUAAGAAAAUGAGAGAGAGAGAAAAUUUGAAACCCAGACCACGAAGUAGACAGCCUAUCAGUAUUCAGCGGAGAAAGUGAAUGAUGGAGAGAGAGAGAGAGAGAGAGAGAGGAGUAGGGAAAGAGAGAGAGAUGGAGAAGGGUAAAAAGGAGGGGGCCAAUGUAUCAAUAUUCUGAGUAGUGUUUGAGGGCAAGGGGAACGAACGGGGGAGGAGAGAGAAAUAGGUUUGGCAAAAGCUAACUAACUACCAGAGUGAGAUUAUUCGCUGAUAUUUUUGAGUGUGAUUGUGUCUGGAGAUCCUCAGAUGGAUGUGAGAGGAUGCUCACUUCUUUGCGUAAUGUCUGAGAGAUAAUGUGAAAGGAAAUGGUUUACACUGUGGUUCAAUGUGAUGGAAUCCUCUCCUUGUUCUUAGGCAAAGCCCUCCUCUCUCUCGCUCUCUCUCUCUCUCUUUUACUCUGGGUGCUAAUCAGCAUUUGAAAGGCAGCUUUGACAGUGAGAAAGAAAGUAAGGGCCAGUCAAGAGGAGGGAGGGAGGGUAAACGAAAGCGAGGGAGAGACUGAGAAAGAGAGGGAGGAGUAGAAGUGAGUGGAAGAGAGAGAGAGAGAGAGAGAGACUGAGGCAGGGGCUGUACAAGCAUGCCUUUUAUAUUUACUAGCAAUUGCAGAAGAAAGAGAGCGAGAGGCACAGAGACCAACGGAGGGAGGGAGAGAGAGAGACAGAGCGAGAGAGAGAGAGAGAGAGAGAGAGAGAGAAGAGACAACUGGUGUGCAUAGCUUGCUUUCCCGAGAGGAAAUAAAGAGAAAAAGCUCCUGCUAGGAUAGGGUAGGAUAGGGGCGAGAGAGAGAGAGAGAGAGAGAGAGAGAGAGAGAGAGAGAGAGAGUAUACUCUUUUCCCUCAAGUCAUAUCUGAGAAGUAUCUGAGCUGGAUAGUAGGAAGGAAAGUGCAGAGAGACCGAAAAACGACAGAGUUGUAGUGAGGGAGAGACGCGCAGGUGUCUCUGUCAUUGCUAACGCGCACACAGACGCAAACACACACACGCGCUCUCUCUCUCUCUCUCUCUCUCUCUCUCCCUGCGUUGCAUGUAUACUCGUGGUGGAUAGCGAGGUGUGUGUGUGUGUGUGUGUGUGUCUGCCUGCCUGGUGUUUUGUGUGAUCUGGAUUGUUUUCCGUCCAGUCUGACCCCUUGUAACCCACUAGAGACAGAGAGAGAGUUUGUGCGCGCGCGCGCCUUUGCGCGUGAGGGUCCUGGAACGUGCGGGUCGUGCGUAAGGUAUUUGUCCAAAGCAGGGGCAUCCGAGGAAGAGGAAAGGAAAGAGGCGUGUGUCCCAGCAUAGCCGCUCAACACUGGACAUGCACAUCAGCCCCUCUGCGGGAGAUCUGGGUCUGACAUAGCCUCAGCCGAUCGCAGCCUGCAUUAGAAGCGGCGGCGUGUGCGGAACAGGAUGGCAGCCAUGCCGUUCGUCAGUGAGGGAAAGUGUGUUAGUGUGGAGUGGGACUUCCUGCAAGGACUCCUCGCUAAACCACCCACCUUGCCCUGUUUACAAAACCUGCGGAAGGAGAAGUCCCGAAAUGCGGCUCGCUCUCGUCGCGGUAAAGAGAACUUUGAGUUUUUUGAACUGGCCAAAAUGCUGCCUCUCCCUGGCGCCAUCACCAGCCAGCUGGACAAGGCUUCGGUCAUCCGCCUGACCAUCAGCUACCUGCACAUGAGGCAUUUUGCCAGUCAGGGAGACCCACCCUGGAGCCCCCUGCUGGAGGGGGACAAUAACUGCAACAAGGUGCGGAGAAACAGUCACUCACUGGCCACUGAUAUAUUUGAGCAGCACCUCGGAGCACAUCUACUACAGUCUCUGGAUGGGUUUGUGUUUGUGGUCAGUCAAGAAGGCCGUUUCCUCUACAUUUCUGAGACAGUGUCGAUCUACUUGGGCCUCUCACAGGUGGAAUUAACAGGCAGUAGUGUGUUUGACUACAUACAUCCUGCAGACCAUGUGGAGAUGGCAGAGCGAUUGGGAAUUAAACCACACCUCCGCACAGAGGCAGGCUGUCAGACUGCCCAGGAAAGUGCUUCAAGUUCCGCCUCCACAUCCUCAUUGGCUGGCACACCUGAACCAGCCCCCUCCAGUCCGCUGUCAUCUGGAGAUGAACCAGUAGAGCGAGGUUUCUUUGUCCGAAUGAAAUCCACCCUUACUAAGCGCGGCCUACAUGUCAAAUCCUCUGGUUAUAAGGUGAGAGUGAUCCAUGUUACUGGCCGGAUUCGCUGUCGGCCAGCCCUGGUCCCAGGCUCUUCACGCUCACUCCAUCGGCCACUGGGAUUGGUCGCUCUUGCUCACACACUUCCGCCCUCCACGCUUAAUGAGGUGCGCAUGGAGAGUCACAUGUUCGUGUUUCGGGUCAACAUGGAUCUCCAGAUCACCUACUGCGAGAACAGGAUCUCAGAAUAUAUGGACUUGAGCCCAGCUGAGGUGGUGGGGCAUACCUGCUACCACUUCAUCCAUGUGGAAGACCUAGAUACCAUCCGGCAAAGCCACGAAGACUUGCUGAGGAAGGGUCAGGUUGUGACUGGUUACUACCGCUGGCUGCAGAGGAGAGGCGGGUAUUUGUGGGUUCAGUCGUGUGCCACUGUGUCCAUCAACCACAAAGCACCCCAUGAACGUAACGUCAUCUGGGUCAACUACAUACUCAGUCGGACAGAAAUGCCUGACAUGCCACUGGAUUUACUACAGCUCCCAGAAACCCUGAAAGCUGAGCGUCUUCGGGCAAGCUCUUCCACUCGUGAUAUCUCUCCAAAGUCACAUGGCCCGAAUGGUGCCCAGCCGACGAAGGGCGGACUUGGACGAAAUGAGUCUGAGCGCAAAGGGAGAGACUCUUGUACUCACAUUACUGCUAACCAUUCAGAGAACAGGAGGAAGAGGCCUUACCACUCCAGCCCUGAAAACACACCUCCACAAACAAGGAGACAACAACUCGAGGUCUUCCGGCAUAGAGAGGACAGCCUGUCAGGCUCCUCGGACUCAGCCAGUGACAGUGAAGCUGAAGAAGACGAAGAGGAGGACAAGGAAGAGGAGUGGGAGCACAAUGGCAAGAGACUGAAGACCGAUGCGGGAGCCUCUAAGAAGAACAGUGAAACUGGGAAAGUGCGUAAUGGUCGUGCUGUAAUCCAGCAGCUGAAGAGUGUGGUGACCAGCACCUCCAGCUCUAACGUUAAAACUGAGCAGGAGAUGUUGAGCACUGGAGUUUGUUCAACCACUGGAGGGCGAUGGAGCAACACUCAGUCCGCCAGGGGUAUAAAUGGCAGCAGCCCCCCAUCCCAAGAUUCCGAGUCAGUCACUACAGAAGCUCCAGCUAAAGGUCUUUUCAGCCCUCCUUCACCCAUCUCAGCUUCACCCCUGCCUAGGGAGGAUCGCCUCCACGGAGGCCGCACGCCUGAUUACGAGCUUCUUCAGAGACUAGCUGCGGGUGGAGCAGCCGGGCGUGUACUGUUCCACCCUCUCGCUCUCGGCCCUCCAGGGCCUCAGAGCCUUUACGCUCCGAGCACCAUUCGCUACGCCCCUCCGGAGCUGCCCACUGCCCAUGCUGAGGGGCCACGCCUGGACCACGCGCCCAAAUCGCCCACUUUCUUUCCACACCUGCAGAGAAUCGCUGCUCUACCACCCUUCAGCGGCUUCUCACCUUCAGAGCCUCCCUUUGCUCCAUCCCUUCCCUUCUGCAUGAACGGACUGAGAGGAGCAGCAGGGACAGAUGAGGACUGAGAAAACUGAGACUGUAAAUAAGAGAGAGAUGAAAGAGAUAGGUAGCACAACACUGGUAAAAAAAAAAAAUAAAAAUACUGAAGGAAAUGAGAGGGAAGGGGUGCAGGCUUGUUAUACAGUCUUCCCAGCAUCCUUUCCAGGUAGCUCAUGCGUUUGCACAGGUCUUCCUCUCUCUGGAUAUGCAGGAAAAGCCAUACUGUACAAAUGGAGAUCAUCAUACAGAC